AUGCCAGACGUGGAGCCCCUCAGAUUCCCAUCCAGGGAAGGACGACCAAGUCGACAAGAUCAAGCAGACCUUCAAACUGUCUGCUCUGGCAGACGACGCACUUGUGCUUUGCUGAACAGCCCCUCACCAUGUGUCAACAGUGCUAUUUACCAUAUCCAAGAAAUGAAGAUGACGGUGGAAAAUUGGUGUCAACAGUCUGGGAGAUAUCAUUCGAACAUUGAUCAGGACAAAAAACAUUACAGCAAAACAAGGAAAUCAAAAGACUCGGAUUCUGACUCCGUGGUGUCUACAGACUUGUUUGUUGAAGGAAUAGCAAUCAGUGCAAGAGAAAGCUGUCCAUCGUCACCACUAUUGAAGAAAGUAAAUGAAGUCCUGACAGAGGUUGUGUAUUUGAUUGAACGUUUGGAAGCUGAUCGGCAGUCUGCAGAGGAAGGUCUCCAAAAGGAGAAGCAGAGAAAAAGACUUUUGGAAAGUAAAGUCGACAGCAUUGCGCUGUGGAAGCAAAAUGAGCACGCUUACGUUGUCCAAAAAGAACACGAAGCAUGCAUUAGAGACAUAACUGAGUUGAAGUUUCAGCUUAAGAUGGAAAGAGAGAAACUCGAGCAGGUCCAGCAGAAGUUUUCACGCACUGAGGUGUUAAACCAGCACUUAAAGGGAGACAUCAGCUUUGCCAAAAAGCAAAUUCCCAUCGUGAGAGAAAAUCUGGAGCAUCAGAAAAGCAUCACAAUUCCAAUCAAGAAUGCACACGCUAAGGCUGGUGAAUUAUGCUCAAAAACACAAAGUGAGCUCCUUCUAGCUCAGAGGCAGUUAAACGAGAUGAAGCUCCGCGCCAACAAAGAAAAGAUGUCAUCUGAUGAUGUCCUGCUGGCAAUGAAGAAUCAGCUGGCAGAGAAACUAGAAAAUUUAAAGAAGUUGGGUACACUUGAGAAAAGUCUUUUGUCUGCGAUACACGAUGCUGAGGAUACCUUUGCUCUGACAGAAAAAAAGUGUGAACUCAUUAAUCAGCAAAUGCCUGAACUUAUGGAGCUUGAGAAAGCGGAAAAAGACAGGAUUUCAGAAAUGAAUUUAGAAAUUGAGGCUGAAAUGCAGAAGAAUAUAAAUUUUAAAGAGACACUUAAUUUGCUGUUAGAGGACAUUGAAAAAACAAAAAUCAAUGGGGAAGCUGAAGUUUUCUGCUUAGAGGAGCAGCUACGAUCUAAAAGUGAAGUUUUUGCCGCUCUCCGCAAAGAAAAUAUGGAGUAUGAAGAAAGUGUGGAGGACUACAAGAUGAAAGUUAUUAAGAGUGAGGAACUUGUGAAGCAGAUGCGUGAGGAGAUGAAGCAGAUGCUCCAGGAAAUCAAUGACAAUGACGAGCGAUGGGGAAAGGCCAAAGAGGAAGUCACCAAAGUUGUUGCUGAGCAUGGUGUCAUUCAGGCUAGGCUGGAAGAAGAGGAGCAGCUCACCUUCAUUGAAGAACAAAGGGCCAGGAUUGAGAUUGAAAAUUUGAAAAAAGAUCUUACUGUUGAGAUGACAGCCUUGGAAGUGGUAAAGGAUCAGUGUGCAAAUGUGAAUAAGGAACUGGAGCAACACCAAAACAGUUCAGAGAAAACUAACCAACAACUUAGGAAAGAAUUUGAAGCAGCAUCCUCAGCACUAAAGGCUUUGGGAGAUAAAGUUCAGAAAAAAAAAGAAUUGACAGAAGAUUGGGAAAAGAUGCAGUGCGAACACAAGAAGAUAUUAAUGAGUCUAGAAGAGGAGAAAAAACUAAAAUGUGACCAGCUUAAAGCUGCACAGGAUUUGCACUCUGCCACCAUAGAGAGAUAUAACACCACUGUGGGUAACAUCAAGGAUAGAAUUGGUAAAACAGAAGAAUACCAGGAGGCUUCAGAUAAAAUGGAAAAAAGCAUUGAAAAUUUGCCAGAGGUCAUAGCAGAACUUCAAAGAGAUUUGAAUGUGCUGGAGUUCAAAAACAAAUCGGCUGCUCUCAUAAUGAGCACCUUGCAGUCUGAUAUUAAUAACUGCCAACAACGAACACAGCGAUCCAUGCAGACACACACGGCUCUUGUUACAGCAAGAAAAAAGCAAAUGGAAGACACUAAGGAAGCUUUAAAAACUGCCCUGGAGGAGAACAAACAGCUGGCAAGAAAGUAUGAGGAUCUUCAAAACAUCCUUAUUGAGUCCAAGCAAGAGGCAGCGUCUGCACUGAGUGAGAGGAAUCGUGCUCAUGAAUCUUUUCACUCUAACACUCAGCUCUCUUUGUUGGAGAAGAGGAUGCACAAAGCUUUGGAAAAAUACUUCAAACAACGCAACCUCUACAACCAGGCUGAACUGGGCCGGUGCCAGGCUCUUUCUCAAGAGACUGACCAGAAAAUAAAAACAGCUCAGGAGCGGUUGUCAGAAGAACUUCAGCUGAUCUCUGGAUUCCUAAAAUCCCUGCAAGAUGACUCCACUACUGUUGAUGAUGCUGAGCCCCCAAACCUUCUCCACGGCACGGUGGCCUCCUGCGGCCCCUGCACCACUCCGGGUCUUCGCCACAGCCCCGGUCCCCACAGUCCAGACUCUCCCUCA